GCUGACGGUGAACAACAACUCACACACAGCGUCGCCUUUUCCUGCAGGUCGUGGUGUGUUGUGGGUUCUGCACGUAGCUCACAAACUCUUAGGAUAGCUCGUCUAUGAUGGCUGGUGUCUGGCUCUGGCUCUCAUGCAACGUUAAUGUUUUUUGGUUCCUGCUGUAAGAAGAGGGACGUGGUGCGAGCUUUCUUAGUGAGGAGGAGGCCCCGGACCAUCGCAUCCCAAACCAGCCCGCACUAUGGCUCCGUCCCUCGUCCGAGCUUGCCGCAGUCUGGCUCUCUCGACGUGGCUGCUGUCGUUUUGUUUCGUGCACUUAUUGUGCCUGGACUUCACGGUUGCAGAGAAAGAGGAAUGGUACACCGCUUUUGUUAACAUCACCUAUCUGGACCCCGUCACUUCCGAGGUCAAGACAGAGAAAACCGAGUGCGGUCGGUAUGGCGAGCAGUCGCCCAAAAAAGAAGCCAGAGGUCUUGUAAUGGUGCCGACCAGUCUGCAGGACAGACAGGCGUGCGACCCAAACGUUAGGUUCCCCCCAGUCCUUCAAAACACUGACUGGGUGGCGUUGGUGGCUGCGGGGAACUGUACAUACCGAGAGAAGAUCCGGAACGUAGCAAACUACAACGCCUCUGCAGUUGUCAUAUACAAUGUGGGCUCCAGCAGUGCAAACGACACCAUAACAAUGCCCCAUCCAGGUACAGGCGAAGUUGUGGCCAUCAUGAUCCCAGAGCCUAAAGGUCGUGAGAUUGCGGCCUUGCUGGAGCAGAAAAUCAUGGUCAAGCUGUACAUCUCCAUCGGAACCCGCAACCUGCAGAAAUACGUGAGCAGAACGUCGGUAGUGUUUGUCUCCAUCUCCUUCAUCGUACUCAUGAUCAUCUCCCUCGCCUGGCUCGUCUUCUACUACAUCCAGAGGUUCCGCUACGCUAACGCACGAGACCGCAAUCAGAGACGUUUGGGAGAUGCUGCCAAAAAGGCCAUCAGUAAGCUGCAAGUACGCACAAUUAAGAAAGGAGACAAGGAGACUGAGUCAGACUUUGACAACUGUGCAGUUUGCAUUGAAGGUUAUAAGCCAAAUGAUGUUGUGAGGAUUUUACCAUGCAGGCAUGUCUUCCAUAAGCACUGUGUGGACCCGUGGCUACAAGACCACCGGACGUGUCCCAUGUGUAAAAUGAACAUCCUCAAAGCCUUGGGAAUUGCACUCAACGCAGACUGUUUAGAUGACGUUCCUCCCGAGUAUGAGACAUCUGUCGGCGGUACACACGCCAACCCUAUCAGCGGGGCGAGUGAAAUCACGGUUAAUGAGAGCUCGGUGGUUCUGGACGCAGCCGAAGAAGCGACAGACCUACAGCAGCUCCAUCCUGAUGAAGAGACAGAACUUCAUGCAGGAGAAAGCCAGCUCAUCGCCAGGUGUGGGCACCAGCGUCCACCCAGCAGUGAUUCAGACACCUCUAUCAUCAUGGACGUGGACAUACCUGAAGUAGACUUGUCCACGGAGCAAGAAUGUGAUCGGGCCAAAUCCUGAGCCGAUUGAAGUUGAGAUAAAAAGCAUGAAUCACCAGGAAAAGGAGGACAAAAGCAUGACGAAGUGACCGAGGGCCCCCCAGAGAUUCGCCACGUCUCUGGCCCCCUGGAGAAAGUGACUUCACAGAAGAAGGGCAAAUGAGCAAGACACCAUAGCAGCACAAAACCCCCCCAGUUUUGUCUUCACUGAAAAACAGAUUUGUCCCUGCAUCUGUGGACGUGUUGCUUGUUCGUUUCCUAGCAGUCACACCUCACAAUUUUAUUGGUUUGACUGCUAUGCUCACAAGACAGCCAAUCACCGCUCUCACAAUGUGGUGGCCCAGUUUUUGUAACACGUAAUCUUUUCACAUCCUUUAAAGGUUCUUGAUACGAUAUUCAGAGAAUUAAUAUAGCAUCAAACAUUUAUUUGAUAUGUAAAGAUACAGUGGAGUGAUGUCUACCUGAGCAAAGAGUGGAGUCGCUCUUUCUCUGUGCGCGUUGUAAUCCGAACUUCUCUGUUCUUUUCUGACGUUGCCAGGCCGGUCACACAGGUUUUUUUAAUGCAUGUGAGCGUGCCCCACUUAUAAGCUCACGGCCGCUGCUCUGCACUGCUCUCACACGGCGGUUACAGCUGAUAACACCGUCCUCACCAACGCUGUUACCUGUUAACUAACGCUGUUAGCUCUGUCCGCACUGUUGGUGUUCUUUGCAGAGUUAGCGCGGUUAGCCACCGGCUCAGCAAAUUGCCAUCUUGAGAGCCGUUUGGAGGCACUAGAUAUGCUCUUAAUUUUGUAAACCUAGUAUCUGGAAUAUAAUAGGUUGUUUAAGGCCUAAUACUGAGUUUACCAUUACAAAAUAAUGUUUGUAAACCUGUUGCUGGACACACUAUAAGCACAGAAGCGGCAGGGUAUCCUUAACGUAUGAUUGCAGCUUUAAUUGUUAUUCAAGAUAUGUGCAGAUUGUUUGAUUUCUUGGUACGAGAUCACUGCCAACAUAUUUUUACUGAUGUAAUGAAUACAUAGCAUGUAUAGAGCCUAUAUCAGCAAUUUAUUCUCAGUCCAAUAGUUGGUGUGAAUUCACCACCAGCUAUGUUUCAACUUCAGACUUGGGUACACGUUAUUAUCCCUUGAAAACCUGAAGCGUAUGUGUGGUCAUGUGACAUUCAAAGAGAUGGAAUAUGUAUGCACACGUUAUGCUGUAAUUUCUGAAUUUCUAAAUGUACGGUUUCUGAUACUAAUUUUGCGAGAACUGCAUUUAUAACUUAUCUUUUACCAACUGAAUAUUCCUGUUGUUAAGAGAAAAUAACCAAACACAAGGUAGAUAUUUCUGUCCUCACGUUUGACAAUCAUAGCUUGCCACAAGCAGUUUGAGGCGAUGUCACCCACUGCCCUACUGAUACUGCUGCUGUUUUACAAGUUAUCACAACAAACUGCGCUGGUGAUCACCCCCUGCUGUCUGUCAGGAGGGAAGUGUUCAUAUCUGUGUUCACUCUGCUGCUAAAUACAGCUGGCAAUGGUAGUUGUCAGUACCAAAUUCUGGCAUGGUGCACACACUGUAGACAAACUUCGAACACUUGUCAAACCAGUCGGUAUAGAUAUUUAAACCAGUCUUUGUGCCAAGAUUAUCAGUAGUAUUUUAAACAUUGUUGUCUUUUCAUGCACACUGAUUUCCUUGGCUGUAAAACAGAAUGGCCCUGAACUACAGUGAGGACGUAGAAUUGGAUGGUUUACGUCAAUUGAAAGUGGGACUGUUUUGGUGGAAAAGGAGGGCGCUAUGCAUCGCCUGACAAAUACCAUGCAUUUGGAUUCCCAGUCAGGGUUUUCAUUUGAGGAAUUUGAUGCUCCGAACCUGUAUUUAUAUGGCAUGAAAAGCUUACAGCGUGAAAAUGUUUACAGUGGAAUAAUUGAGACGUUUUGUUUGGAAUCGGUCCACACUAAGUCGGCUAAUUUUGGAAACCUGCAUGCACACAGCCCUCGCAAGAAUCUCCAAACAAAAACACCUGAGCAACCGGAGAGCGGCUACAUUACUUGGUCUUCAUCCGUCAGCAAACAACAAAACUGCAUCACAGCCACCGUGUGCUGAGGAUGAAGGUUAGUCUGCUGAUUCUCAGGUGGUUAAGGCUCCUCUUUGUCCCCUUCUACUCCCUUUGAUUUAACUAUAGUGUGAGAUUUAUAAAAACAUAGAUCCAGCUUAAUGACAACAAGGGGAUCGGCUAUGUCUACAUUUAAAAUGGGUUCCUGGUAGUAACAAACCUACUGAAAAUUAUUACCAGAAUCUGCAGGAAAACGCCAGCUUAGUGUGGACGGAGGACCAAAACAAAGAAAUAAAGGUGUACUUUUUGCUUGUACUGUUAGCCUCCUGCAGUGAUGCAUACUGUUAAUUAACGUUCAUCACCUUUAACAGUUUUUGAUAGACUUCAUUCUUCUACUUUUGUUUGUCUGUCGUCGUCCUGCCAAUCACCUCCUUAAUACUUUUUCAGUAAUGUCAUAUUGAAGAAGAUCAGUACGAUCUAAUAGUUGAUUUGAUACAUUUUCACUCACAUUCCUGUCGACUUACACACUAAAGAAGCACAGACUCCACUGACUGAGUCCAUGGAGCCAUUGGAAUUUAACUGACUGGUUUUCUCUUCCAGUCAUUGUUUCCAUUAUGUCGUGCCGCCAGGCACUCCACCAAGGAAUCUGUUAUAUAAUGCACACAUGUCCACACUCCUCGGUCUGGGUCGAUCAUUGAAGGAUUAUUGAAUGUAUGGGCAAAUGUUUGUGUUCCAUCAAAGCGUUGGUUUCAGGAGGGGUACUUUAUAAUUCUUUAUUUCUCCAAGCAUUUUAUAAGAAUGUAUGUUCUUAGCUGUAGCAGCUUGAUACCCAGAGACACUACUUUCUAGAUAACACUAAAGUAAGAAGUUAGAAUAUUUAGUUUAACUGUGAAAUACUGCCUGCAGUUGUACGCAUUCAUGAAUGUACAUUUCCAUUCACUAUCUAUUAGACAGUGCUGUCUAUUUGAUAAAAAGCCCGGUUUACAUGUAGGUAUACAUCUAUUGCGUUGUGGAUAUGAAGGUGGAGGAUGAUUGUCAUUCUUGCCAGCACAUCAGAGAUACAGACGUUUAAGUCUCAGCUAGCCUAAUGAGACGGCACAAUACAUAAGAUAAUAACCCAGAAACAUCGACAUCUGUUGCUUUCCUUGUCUUUCUGUCAACACUUUGAAUUUCUUCUGUCGUCUUGUCUCAUACUCUCACACACACACACACACACACAAAACAAACACUCUGUCUCCAUCUGACUGUUUGUUUGGUCGUCGUCAUGGCGGCAAGAUAAAGCAAAGCUCAUCCAUUUUUCUGGCUGCACUGCCUAACAGAGCGAGUUUGUCUAAACCAUCUUUUUACAGAGAAACUUAAAGAUUAUAUGACUAAGAUAUAAGGUCUUCUCUCAGUUUUGUGUGUUUACAGUGUUUCAAUAACAACUCUCUUGUAGGAAUAAAUAUAGAAUCCGAAGGAACACUAAAGACCUUGGUGUACUCCACGUAUUGUACCGGCAACAUUGAGUAGCACAUUAUUUUAUGUGUCCGCAAUUCCCUAAUAAUUGGCAGUUAAUCAAAGCUAUCAUAUAUUUCAUUUUGUUUUUUUGUCACGUGUUCUUUUGUUUGUGUAAAUUUUCCUAUAUUGCAGUUUAACCUUCCAGUGAAUGAGGCUUGAGGAAGACUAUUUUUAAUGUUCAGCUUUUGAGAAAGGGGGAUACAGUAUUGAACAUGGCACAUGACUCAGUUGUUGCUUAUUGUUUACUGUUGUGAUCUUUUAUCUGUACUAUUGUGCGUAUGUGGGGUGUGGGGGAGUAUCAAUAUAUUGUACACUAUACCCAGCAGAAAUAACAGCAUUGCUAUUUUGUAAUAUAAAAGAAUUGUAAGUAUGAUUAGCGGUGUCUGUCCUUUUCUUGUACCAUGAUGCACAUGUAGGAAUGUCUGAUUGUGAGUUAUAAUAAAUUGAAUCAGGUUGUUUUUUUUUUUUUUCAACUUUGAUAAACUUGUUUGUUUUACAGUAAAUCUAUAAAAAAAUAUUUUGCUAAAUAAGGAGAGCAGUUCAUAAACACUAUCUGAACUUGUGAUGUUUGAGAGCAACUGGUUGCACUAAAGUCAAGGAAAGCAGACUACAGCCAUCUAUUGUAGUCUGGAAAAAGAAAACAAUGUUCCUGCUGAGCUGAGCUCUGACAACAUGCUGCAUACAAGCUGAGCCACCAAAUACUACUCUGAUGUUCUAUAUUUCAGAAGAUUUGAUGUCAGAACUUGGUUCUUUUUAAGGUUCCUAGGAGCACUUUUUUGAAUGGAAAGAAUAUGAGGUGUUUCCUGACCGUGAGGAGGACAAACUCCAAUAAAUACAGGUUUAUGAUGAAA